CGGCGGUGCCGGUGUGUGCUCGGCGGUGUCUCCUGCUCCUCAGUCACGGCUCCGGCUCGGCCUCCCCGCGCCGCCAUGUCCGCGCCCAGCAGCGGCGGCGAGUUCGGGAACCCGCUCAGGAAGUUCAAGCUCGUCUUCCUGGGCGAGCAGAGCGUUGGGAAGACCUCUCUGAUCACCAGGUUUAUGUAUGACAGUUUUGACAAUACUUACCAGGCAACCAUUGGAAUUGAUUUCCUGUCAAAAACGAUGUAUCUGGAAGACCGCACGAUCAGGCUGCAGCUGUGGGAUACAGCCGGGCAGGAGAGGUUCCGCAGCCUCAUUCCCAGCUACAUCUGUGACUCUGCUGUGGCUGUCAUUGUCUUUGACAUUACAAAGUCAGAAAAGCCAACUUCUGUGAUGUUUGGAUAUUUGGGGCAAGCUUACAAGGUUCGGCUGCAGCUUUGGGAUACAGCAGGCCAGGAGCGUUUCCGCAGUCUGAUUCCCAGCUACAUCCGCGACUCUACUAUUGCUGUGGUAGUCUAUGACAUUACAAACUUGAAUUCUUUCCAGCAAACCUCCAAGUGGAUUGAUGACGUUCGGACAGAGAGAGGGAGCGAUGUCAUCAUCAUGUUGGUGGGGAACAAAACUGACCUGGCAGACAAGAGGCAAAUCACCACAGAAGAAGGUGAACAGAGAGCCAAAGAGCUGAAUGUGAUGUUUAUUGAGACCAGUGCAAAGACUGGAUACAAUGUGAAACAGCUUUUCCGUCGUGUGGCUGCUGCCUUACCGGGGAUGGACAGCACACCAGAGAAGAGCAAAGAAGACAUGAUUGAUAUCAAACUAGAGAAACCUCCUGAGCAGCCAGUAACGGAGAGCGGGUGCUCCUGCUAACAGGCCCGUUCUGUAGCAGCACAUUCCCCAACCGGCCAGUCUCACUGAAGAACAUCACUGCUCAUUGGCAACCCUACUCUGUGGGCUGAAAAACCAGUCUAUUAACGCGAGCGAACUCCCUGUUUACUGGUGGGGAGCAGCCCUGGUCGUCCCUCUUACUGCAUGGUAUGAGCCCUGAGUGCAGAAUGAGUGUCCUGUCUUUUCUUUUCUUUUAUGUUGUUGCACUUUGGCACUGUGGUGCCCUUUACAGUCUCUCUCUUCCUCUCCUCCUCCUCUUUUCCACCUCGAGCCUCUCUGUUCAGAUAUAUCUUGUGAAUGCAAUUGGAAAACCCACCAAGUUAGGGAAGACAAAAACAAAGCUUGGGGGUAGGCUUGCCACCUUGCUCAAUGCCUUGCAUCCUUGGCCACUCCAGCCCUGUCUUUAUCCUGCAUCCCCACUUCCUCUGUUGAAAGGCUGCUCCUUUUAAACCAGCCAGUUUGACUUGGCCUUGCCUUUUUUGGACAAUACAGGUUAUCUGUUUCUAGGCUUUUGCUUCCUGCAGGGCACACACAGUAUUAGCUCCUCAGUUUCUCCUUUCUGUGGAUGACCUUGGCUAACUCUUGCUCCUGACUUCUGAGUUGUGCCCCUUGUGUCACACACAGCACUGGAGAACCCCAGACUCUGAUAGCUUUGGCCUUGUUGCUUCCAUUUGUGUAGCAGAGACAUCCCACAGACCACUCUGCUCAGCUGGAUUAUUUUCCCAUCCAGAGGACAUUGGUGCUUGGUGAGUGUUGAUUGUCAGAUGUGGGGAAGGAAGAGGGUAUAGAGGCUUCACAGCAUGAGGCUGGGUGGAGAAGAGACCCUCAGGGUGAUUUGUAGAGACCUGGGUCCUGUCUGUCUACAGCAAAAGUGAGCAGUUACCUGAAAUCCAUCACUACAGGGGCAAUACCUACUGCAGGAGCCAUGGAUGCUGCUCAGGAUCCUUUUCAGGUUUCUGUUCUGUUCCUUGUAAUAUAGGAUGGCAGAUUCUUCAUGUGGAGCCAGGAGAGCUGCAGCAGAUUGAAGGCCAGUGAGAGCUAUUGUACUCUCAUGCCUAGGUUGGUGCUUGAUGAAGUCAUACACAUAGCUGCUUCACCCUUUGUAGUAGGCUUCUGGGAAUAGGGCUAGUAGCCACUUCACUUUUGGGGUAGUUUUAAGCUGCAACAUUGCCAAAGCUGUGAUGAGCAGUGCAGGGAUCUACUGCCAGACCCAGGUAGAGGAGUGAAGGAUUGUAUGCUGCUGAGGUGGAUUUUGGUCUCACUUUUUGACCUUGGAGGUUGGGAAAUACAUCCUCUAACCCCUGCCCCUGGUUUCUAAUUCUGUUAAUAGAGCCCUGGGUUUUUUUUAACCAUCUGUCCUAACCACAAGCCAGUAGGUCUGUUGAAAGAGAGGAGAAUAAAACGGUUGGAUGGUGGAAAGCCAUCCACUGCUCUUUUCAUCAUCCAGCCUAUGUCAUGUUGACAGGGAGGAUGCUAAUGGGCAGGAGAGCAACAGACCAUGGUGUGACAGAUGGGGACAACAGUGUUUGGUGGUGGUGCCACUCCCCCAGCAGAUGUCCCUCAGUCACUGACAUGGCAUGCACACUUUGAAGCCUGUGGGCCCUCAAAGGAGGGGAAGGGGCAGCCUUAGGUGGGACCUGGCUUAGUGUGCCCUCACUGCUGGUGACAGACCUGUUGUUCCCCUGUCCCUUCCACUCUGGGUGAGCUGGCCUGCAGGAGGAAGCUGGGUUGUGGUUUCCCUUUUCACUCUGGAGUGUCCCCCUCCUUUCCCCUGGUCCGGGAAGCUCAAUCCCCUCCUCUGUACAUACCCCUGUUGUGUGGGAAUUGCUGAUGUUUGUCGGUGUGUCCGUGUCUGCUGUAAACAGGUUUUGCUGUCCCCUUCUCACAGGCAGGUGUGCACUGCCCUGCUGUUGUGUUGUUCAGUCACGGACCUGGG